CACUCGCGUCGCAUCAGCUGUGAUUAAAAAUCGCAAAUUUUUGGUAGAAUCCGUGAUAAAUUCAAAUUUUUUGUUCAACUUCUCUAUAGUUGUCAGGAUGGAUAACGUUUUGUAUGUGAAACCUGAACCCGAGGAUCCGGUGGAAAAUUCUCUUUCAGAAUUACAGGAUCAGCAGAGCGGAGUGCUUCUUACGGCUAAGAUGUGGCCUGAAAAUGAACAGUUGGAGGAUGUGAUCGGUGAAGAGUUGAUCGGAACGUGUGAUGUAGAAGAACCCAAAGUGGAACCGAUAUCAGAAGACGAACUUGAAAUAGGCUUGAAUCCGGAAAACUGUCUAAAUGAAAUGCCGCUAACAGAAUGUAAAGAGGAAACAGAACUCGACGAUCCGAAAGAGGAAUCUGCUGAAUCGAAAAAAAUUCACGGACGGAAACCAGAAGGGAAAUCUGAUAAACAAUUAAAACCUGACAAAAAGAAACGCGUCCAAGCGAUAAAUUCCAAGAAAUUAAAACAAAUACUUAACUACAAGGUCGAAAUAAAGGAGACCAAGCUUGAUCCAAACAAAUGCUACAUCUGUAAAACAGACUUUGCGAAUCUGAAUGAUGUGGAGGUCCACCUGUCUGAACACGUCCACAUGGUACCUUAUGACUGCGAAGAAUGCAAGGCCACCCGCACGGAGGCGAAGACCAUUUUUACGGUGAUUAUGCUCCAUCACCACUUCAGGAUGCACGCAGGUUCAAUCAAGUGUCCGGAAUGUGCUUUUCGAACAUGCACGAGAAGCGGAUUGCAUAAACACAUUAAAUGGAGCCACAUGGAAAACACAAACACAGUGUACACAUGUGAGAUUUGUGGUGCGAAAGUUAAAAAUAUAAUGGUAUUCGAAAAUCAUUCACAAAUGCACAAAGCCAUAGAAGAAGGACGAUACACGUGUUCUUUCUGUGCGAAAAGGUUUGCUACGAACGCACGACUGCAAAAUCACGAACGGAUCCAUACCAACGAGAGGCCUUACCAGUGUCGUUACUGUAGCAAGGCGUUUACAAACAAACAAGUUUUCCGGGCACAUGAGCGUUUUCAUACCAGUGAACGGGGCUAUCGUUGUGAAGAGUGUGGGAAAGGCUUUCCCACCAGAACAUCCCUGACCACGCAUCUGGGUAUGAUACACAAGCUAGGAAGUGCAAGUCAGGUUUCUUCAGGUUCAGGUAAUAACGAGAAGUAUCUUCUCUUCGAAACUCCGAUGAAAUGUUCGUACGAGGGUUGUGACUUCGAAACAAAUGUCCGUUCAAAGCAUUACAGACACAAAGCGAAGCAUGAUUUGAAGUUUCACUGCCCACAUUGCGAACAGAGGUUUGCUACCAGACAUCUAAUGAUUCAGCACUCGUACGUCCAUACCAACUUAAAACCAUACUGCUGCGAUGUAUGUGGGAAGAGAUUCCGGAAUCGGGGAGGCUUGGGCGAGCAUAUGGCUGGCCACAGUAACAUUCGACCGUAUUCUUGCACAGUUUGUGGCAAAUUAUUUGCUCAUGAACGAAAUUUGAAUCAGCACUCGAUCGUCCAUACCGAGUUAAAAUCAUACUGCUGCGAUGUAUGUGGGAAGAGCUAUCGGUAUCGGAGAAGCUUGGUCGAGCAUAUGGCUGGCCACAACAACAUUCGACCGUAUUCUUGCACAGUUUGCGGCAAGUCAUUUGUUCGAGACCGUAAUUUGAAGCGGCACAUGUUAAAGCACUCGGAUGAAUUGACAUAAAAGUGCGUGUUAUUUGCAUUGGUAGAUAAUCAUUCUGUAUAGGAAGGCAAUUUAUAUUGUUUUGCAGGUGUCUAAUGAAAAGAAGUUCUAAUAUUAUGCUGAUUUUUACAAGCACGAGAGAACUAUAAGGACCAUACCCCUUUAAUUCAUUGGAAUUAAUCUUAUCGUCAGACUAUUUUCCACAGAGAUGGCGCUGUUCCACUGGUAGGAAGUAAUAAAAAUCCCGAUACAGAAAUUGAGAGAAGUGGUAACUAAUUCGCUUUCGAAGCAUAUUCAGGCCAAACAAAAAGUGAACGACAACCUAAAGAAAUUAGUCAGGGACUUUGUCGUUUAGUUUUUCCCGGAUAUUAUUAUUAAACAAGCUACAAUUAAAUAAAACCAGUAUUUUCCCAUACAUUUCUUACCCAUCUUUACUUCAUGUCGCAAGAGCGCCAUUCAAAUCCAAGAGCGAACAUUUCAGCACCGACAAACCGACAUGAAUGUCCAUAACAAAAACAAUAAAAUUUCUGGCCAAAGCACACACCUGCCAUCUGGCGGGAAAUAUUUAGCGAAGCCACGAACCUGCUUGCAAA